AUGCGCUGCCGUCACCACACGGAAGCGUCGAUUCCCGUCUUGGCAUCGGCAUCCCACAUUGACACCGAAGCUCCAUCGCCCACUCGAGCGAGCAGCGAAGUGUGCGCUGAAACCUUAGAGCGGGCAAGCGUCAGACUUCAACACCGACAAAGAGCGGAACGAGCCGUUCGUUGCUCCAACGCGCAACCAUCGCGGAUAGAAUUGCCCGACGGAAAUCCAAAUCCGCAUCGGCCCUUUGAUGCAAAAACCGAACGACAAAAUCACGACAGUAAUCAGCUUUCGGAUCUAGUCCGAUUGCCAGAACCAAGUUUCGGCACGAUCCCCUUUUCUGUCUUGGGGCCGUUCACCUUUUGGCGGCUGUCCAUCGAUUCGAAUCGAGGGGAAGCACAGAUGCUCUUUCUUCAAAUGUAA